AUGGCUGACGAAACUGCUUUGGCCGACUUCCCUUCGCUCUUCUCGUUGAAGGGCAAGGUCGCCGUCGUGACGGGCGGAUCGCGAGGUUUAGGACUGAAUGCAGCUUCAGCCUUUCUCCAGGCCGGCUGCGCUAAAGUAUUCAUCACGUCGCGAAAGGCGAAAGCCUGCGAGGCGGCCGUGGCGCAACUUAACAAGCUCCCCAACCUCCAGCCCGGCGCGCGCGCCAUCUCUGUCCCUGCCGACAGCGCCACCCUCGUCGGCAUCGAGUCGCUUGUGGCUCAGGUAUCGCAGCACACGGAUCACGUCGAUAUCCUGUUUGCCAAUGCCGGCGCGACCUGGGGCGAGCAGUUCGAUACCCACCCAGAGUCGGCCUUCGCAAAGGUCAUGGACCUCAACGUCAAGUCGGUGUUCGUGACGGUGCAGAAGUUCGCGCCGCUUCUGCAGAAGCGUGCCACCCUUGACGAUCCUUCACGUGUCAUCAUCACAGCCAGCACGGCGGGCUUGGGCGUCGGAACUCUAGGUCGCCAGGCUACAUUCGGGUACUCGGCCUCCAAGGCCGCGGCGGUGCACCUGGGACGAAACCUCGCGGUCGAGCUCGGUCCCAGACACAUCCUGGUGAACUCGAUUUGCCCAGGUUUCUUCCCUACGAAGAUGGCAAAUGGUUUGCUGGAGAUGACGGGUGGACUGGAGAAGCACGCCAAGGCGAACCCGUCACGUCGACUGGGAAGGCCAGAGGACAUCGCCGGAGUCGUCGUCUAUCUUUCUAGUCGGGCUGGUGCCCAUGUCAAUGGCGCCACCAUUCAGAUCGAUGGCGGGUCGCUCUGGAGUUCUGGACAGCUUAUCGAGGCAAAAGAACCAGAACCAAAGCUCUAA